AUGCCACAACCGGGCGACGAAGAAGAAGCAGUCAUCGUCAAUACAUACAGUCCAUUAGGUCUUCCAAUCCAUCCUGUACCAAUAGAUGUAACAGCGUACGGCCACCGCACGCCCAACUCCUCUAUAUUCUGUCUCCCACCUCUCCUCGGCGCCCUACUCUUCGACAACACCGACAGCGACGCACGAGACCACUGUGCCAAUGAACGAACCUUCCUGUCAUACCUCAGACUGUCGGUCUACAUGUCCGUAGUUGCCGUCGCCAUCGUCGUAUCCUUCCAUCUGAAGCAUGAACCAUCAGAGCUAGAAUUGAAAAUGGCAAGGCCUCUGGGGAUAAUGUUCUGGUCUCUGGCAGUAUGUUGUUUAGCGCUGGGAUCGGGAAAUUAUAUAAAGACGGUUACGAAAUAUUCGAGGAGGGCGGCCAUUGUGCAGACAGGGUGGAAAACCCAGUCGGUGUUGACAAUAAUUGCCCUAUCUAUUGUGGGUGUCUUCUUCGUUUUCAAGUUCUUCCGCUGGCAAGAAGUGGGUUGA